AUGGCAAAGAAACCUUGCAUUGCUUCACUGCAGUUGGAUCUCAUGCCUCUUCUCUCAGGAGAAAAAUCAGUGAUCAGUCAUCUGGCAGAAAAAAACCCUCAAGUUUUAGAUGUUUAUGUGACUUUCACUGUGGAAACCCCUCUUCUGUCUGAAAGACAAAGACACGAGUUGAAUCCACUGACUAUAAGGAUUAAGUCAGCUACCUGCCUCCCAAACACACCUGUACCGAUAGAAGUGCUGCAGAGAUUGUGUGUUCCCACCUACUGCAAAUACAAAUUUCAUGAUUUUCCACCUCAUCGAACUCAUGGACAAUUCCAUGGAACUCAUGUCUACUUUAAGGAUGUUAAUGUGCUUCUCACGGGGAUGAUGAAACCUGGGGAAUUAGAGAGGUGUCUUAGAGGUCCACCUUUGGAGAUUGAAGUUCAUGACCGGGAUAGAAACAUGGAAAGCAAUACAAAAAAGCCCUUCCCAUCUUUGUUUGGGGAAGAUGAAGCAGAUGAAAAAGUGGGCAAGGUGAGCUUCCUUUCUUGCAAAUCCACAAUCCAUAAUCCUUUUACAGCAACCAAAGUGUGGCAUCCGCAUGGGAUAGCUAAAGUCAGUCUGACUGAUUUAUUGUUGGGUAAAAAGCACUUGACUAUCAGUGCUCCCAUUCGCAGCUGCUCAGUGCCAAAGACAGCUGCUUUUGGUGAGGAGGAUAAAAAUAAGAAGAUGACAGAAUCAAGGAGUAACUCUUCCCAGCUACCUAUGGGACAUUAUUUAGAAUCAGACUCAGUUUUGAAAGUAACGGUGGAUAUAGCUGUGCCGUUGGGAAUGCACGCAGGAAUUGCUGAUGCUCAAGUCACAAAUUGUCCAUAUGGUUAUAUAAUCUACAUUUUUGACUACAAAAAUUCAUCUUUAUUACAUGAUUUGGUGGAAGAGAUUACAGAAAUCAAUGUUCAAGGCCUCCAGCUGGACUGCUCUCCUGUACACUUAAUUGGAAUGGCUCUUGCUGCAUUAAAACUGAAAACUACACUGGAGAAAGUUUCUGAGUUGGAUAUUGUUACUGGUUUUCACUUGCUGGAUGGAGCAACUCAUCUUUUUGUCUUGGAGGGAUUAAAAGACAAAGCAAUCAAGAGACUAUGGGAUAGACACUUUGAAAGGACGCACAGACAUGAAGAUGGACAACUGGAAAUACUGUAUAACUCACAAGUGUCUUUCCACCAACGCCUGUACACAGACCUGGAAGCUAUCUUUUAUCAUUUCCGCCUCUGUCAGCCCCUCUUCACUAUAAUGAAACAGCCUCUGCUCUAUGUCAGAGGUACAGUCCCUCAGGCAUGUUUCCAAGCCUUGUCCAGGCUGAGUUACCUCUGUCACCGUAAGAGACUGAGGGCUGUAAUUCGCGGGGAUCUGCUGCCCUCAGCAGAGAUGAUCACAGUCUUGAGUCACAAGUAUGGAGUUCCCUUAGCUGCAGAGGAUCUCUUCACUCAGAAACCUGCUUUAAUCUCCUGUUCCUUUGAUGAUUAUACAGUACCAGGAGAAGUUAGCAGAGUGAAACAGGCAUAUUCUUCAUUAGAUAACUACAAUAAAAUGUAUGUGCAGCAGAAGAAAGAAAUAGCAAAGAAAAUACCUUUUGAGAGAAACUAUAUUUGGGCUAACAUGGGUGCUGUAUGCCGACUCAAAGGGAAAAUGAAAAAGCCAAAGUUUGAAACUUUCAGGAUUUCUCCUGCUGAUGGCAAACCUGUCUUUAACUACAGCUCUCAGAGCCUGAAUGCUGCAGAACUUGCAAAGAAGCAUCUUCGCCAGGAAAUGGCAAAGGAACCAAAGAAGAGAUUCACUUAUUGCCAUGAGUACCUCUCAGCCACGUUUGACCCAUUGGAUGUGGUUGCUGCCCAUAAGGAAUCCUUUGCAAAAUCCAAGAGCAUGUGGCUGUCACCAGAUGGAUUUGUGUUUCCUGGGUUUAAGAGCAGCAUUGAGAGCAACCUGCACCCUCGCAUGCCUGAUGAGGCUCGUCGGGAGGAGUUACGUGAGAAAUGGCAGGAGAAUGCUCUGCAUGCUAACAUGGAGCCAAUGCUGUCACGAGGCAGAUGGAGCUGGGACAAACGACACAUUGAUUUUGAUCUUUACAAGAAGCCACCUGAGCUCUUCAGGACAACAGCCCCACAGACUGAUGCUACUCGGAUUCUGCAAGCUCCAGUUGAUGAUACCAAGCUGAAAGCUGACCCGUGCUCCACAGCCCCUGAGUUAUCCAUGCAUGGGCCAGGAGCCAGGCUUCAGCUGCAGAAGGUCCAAGGACUUCUGAAAGAUGAACCCCUGAAAUCCUCCCUCGGGAAGGCGGGACCAGUUGUGAAGCCUGGCCCAGCCCUGUCUGCACUGGACAACCAGCCCUGUGGCACCAGUUCGGAUCCCCUCCCAGGGAUGGGGACAGGUGUCACCAGUGGCUUUACACCAGCUCCUGAUGACCAGUACAGCUUGAUGUCACACAAGGAUGUUAUCUCCAGCACAGCAGAGAGUUUGAAAGACCCGAAGGUGCAGAUUUCAA